CUUCGAGAACAUCUUAAUAAAAAGUUUUCAUGUAAAUCUAACAAUUUUGAAAUACCAAUAACUUGUUAUCUAGAAAUAGAAGAAAAUACUGAUUCUGAAUAUUAUACAACAGAUAAAGGACCAGAAAAAUAUUAUCAAUAG